AACUUUCACUGGUUGGAACUCUGUGUUAGCAAUCAAAAGGUGCUUUUCCUGUCACUGGUCAUUCUCUUGAGGCCUAAAUGCUCCAAGUAAGAUCAACAGAAGAACAUGUUCAUUUUUCCGUGCUGGCAACAACAGUAUGCUUCCAAAGAAAAGAUCUGAAUGUUCCUGGAAAGUAAGCUCUAUGGAUCUGUUUAAACAUUUGAAUUCUGAUGCCAUUAUCCAGUUCAUUUGAACCCUGAUGAUUUGGUCUGUCUGCAAGUAUCAUACAAAGACAUUAUUGAGGAGUGUCCAAAGCAUAUUUCUGGACAAGUUUGCUCAAGGAUGGAACAUGAGGCUACCCAACUAGAAAAGCAGCACGUGCACAGUGUGUAUGAGAAUACAGCUGCCUACUUUAGUGAUCUGCAGACCAAAGCAUGGCCUCGUGUUCGGAACUUUCUGCUGGAACAAAAGCCUGGCAGUCUCGUUGUUGAUAUAGGUUGUGGAACUGGAAAAUAUCUGAGUGUCAACAGUCAGGUGUAUAAUCUGGGCUGUGAUUACUGUGAAGGACUGGUAGAAAUUGCAAGGAAGAAAGGUGAUGAAGUGCUGGUGUGUGACAACCUUAACCUUCCCUUUAGGGAUCAGUGCUUCAAUGCAGUCAUUUCAAUUGGAGUGAUACAUCAUUUCUCAACUAAACAAAGAAGAAUCAAAGCAAUAAAGGAAAUGGCAAGGAUAUUGACACCUGGAGGCCAAAUAAUGAUUUAUGUUUGGGCUAUGGAACAAAAGAACCGUCGCUUUGAGAAACAAGAUGUAUUUGUUCCGUGGAACAAGGCCUUGUGCUCACGCCAUUUUUCAGAAUCAAGUCAAUCUGGAGAUAAGGGUGAAUUUAUCCCUACUGCAAAAGGCCAAGAUAUACACCCUUCACAGCUUGUCAUCUCUGAGUGCAGCUACCAAAACAAUCUGCAGCCAGAAACUGAUUCAAAACAUUCCCAUGAUAUGGACCAUUGCUUACCCAGAGCCUGCUGCAUGAAAAUUUCUGAGGAAGAAAACAGAUUUUACAGUGCUCUAGGAAGAUCUUUCCGCUCAUGGUUUUUCUCCAGAUCCCUUGAUGAAUCAGCCCUGAGAAAGCAAAGUGACAAAAUGAAGCAGCUGAAACAUGAAGGAGUGUGGGCAAACACUACCGUACCCAUUCAGCACUCGCGACACUGCAGUUUGGAUUUAGGGCACCAUGGGGCACUGUUAAAUGAACAAAGUUUAGAUGAUUAUGAUGAUGUGUUUGUGGAAAACCUGUCUCUCAGAAAACCCCAGUGGUCACCAGCCACAGGUGCACUGAAGGAUCUAAGUUUAAAUGGGGGACACCAAAGUGUAGUUCAGAGCAAGGGGGACAAAGCUUCUUUUGUAAAUGGCCCAGUGGAAGACAGGGACUGCACCUGUGGCUGUAAUAAAGACGAUGCUGGUAAGUCUGAUGCCAACAAGUUUUUCAAAAGAACUUCAACAACUGACUCCACAGACUCAGCUUUGGAUUCAGCAGUGUCUGUUGGGGACCAAACUGAUGCCAUGUUGGAUCCAAAGGCCUUCAUGCGUUAUUACCAUGUUUUUCGGGAAGGGGAGCUGUGUUCUCUGGUAGAAGAGAAUGUGCCUGAGCUUCAGAUACUUUCUUCCUGCUACGACCAUGGGAACUGGUGCAUUAUUGCAGAGAGAAGAGGAGCAUAGCUAUAAAGAGAACAAAGCAGAAUCCAGCGACUGAGGAUUUUAAACUCUUCCUUGUGUUACUGUGAUUGAGCAGUGUGACAUGGAAUUUGAAUCUUGUAGUUGUCAUUCAUUUUUGAGUUAUUAUCUCUCAACUAUUUAACUAGCUAAUGCAAGGUCUGUAUAUAGGAAUGUAAGUGGUAGACAAUAUUUAUGUUUUGUUAAACUUUUAUGAAGUUAAAACUGUAGAGUUUUAUAUUGCUGUUAGCAAAUAAAUGUGUUUUAAAAUAUACUUUUCUACUGAGAAAUAAACCUUUUUAUAAAACAAGGAUCGGAGCAUCUUUUAUGAGAAAUAUCCUAUCAGUAGAAAGUCUAGUCUUUGUUCUUCAGAUGCCAGAAGUUUGUCAUAUUGCUCCCUAUUCCUGAAGUCGUAUAAAUGACACAUAAACACUAUGUCUAAAAUUGUGCUUGACUGUACACUGAUAGAGUGCAUGCUGUAGAACUGGGAGCAAGCAUGGUCCCAGUGCUUCUUAGCUGGGAGUAGAGGUAUUAAUGGGCAAAAAACUGUGUACCAAACAAGCUCUGUGUAUUCUAUCAUUUGAUGUUUGUAUUUGGGAGCAAAUGACAGCACAGAUUUUGGACAGUAUUUUUUACUUCUGUUUUAAAAAUAAUUUAAUUUGUUUCUCAGGUGCAGGUGAAGUUCUAUAUGUUAACUCUCACAAAUACUUUAUCUUAAUUUCCUUUGCUGUAGUUUUUCAUUGGUUAUGUGUAUGUAAAAGUCAGAGGGAUUUGUGAGAGCGUGAGUAUCAUUUAAAGUUUGAAAAUAUCAAAUCCUUGAAAUACAUAUAUCUUUUGAUAAGUCUGGGAAGCUAAGAUUAAAUCAAUAAAAAUCCAGUGCAUAUCUGGUCAGCUGCCAUAUUUACUUUUCUUGUUCACAGACAUGAGAAUAUAUAUUAAUGGUGUGUUAAAUAAUGUACACAGGAAGAGGAUAAGCCCAGUUUGCACAUAAAACACAAAUUCUUGUCUUGUGACAUUUAAAUGAAUCUUUUGAGACCUAAGUGAUAAUAAAAUGUUUGCACAACUUUCCUGUUCCCUCCAAGACAUACCAUCACUAUUCAUCUGUACUAGGUUGUAGCAGUUUAUAGUGCUGGGGAUAAAAAACACCUGCUUCAGAAGAUCAGUAGUGGAACUGCCAACAGGAGCAGGGCUAGAAGAGGCUAAUUGCCUCCAGCACAGUUACCCAUUCCUAGGCUCCAUUCAUAGUCAGUGGUUGCAGUGCAGGGCAUAUCUUCAGCUGGUGUGAUUUUGUGACCUUUAAUGGAACUGCACAGAUUCCUGCCCACCAGAAAAAAAAGAACAAAAGGGGUUUGCUUUUGUUGCAGCAGUUUUAAAGAGCUAUAUAAUUAAGAUGUCUGCCCUAUUCUUGAGCGAGUGGCUUUGAAUACCAGGCAAUAGGAGUGAAAUGCCAAAUGCCAAACUUUCCCAGUCUAUGCUGCAUGAGCAGGUGGAUUUGGGAUUGUUCAGUAGAAAACCUUGAUGGUGCAGGGUAUUUUUUGAUGUAGCUUCCCAGCUGUUAAUUGCCACAUGGUAAUGUAUUGUAGAUUUAUUUACUGGAGCAAUGUCCUCAAUCAUUUUUGUCUUCCUCAUAGCUUGGGAUCCCUAUACUUUAUGCUUCCUGGGUCUAUAUCACUUGCUCUCCCCAUAGGCCUUUGAAAAUAAAAGUAUGGCCAGAGAACCAUGCAUUUGAGACUUCUGAAAUACCUUACACUCUAAUCUAAACUUUCAAUACAGCCUGGGGCUGUGGCUUUCAGUUGCUGUGUAUGAGCCAUACUUCAGAAAAUGGGCAAUAUUCCCUGCCUCACUGGGUCCAGCUGCUCCUGGCCGAGGGGGCUGCACCUGCUGCAUCCUCAGGCUCCAGAUUUAGUGCCAAAGUACCCAUAUUGCAGAGCCAGCAUGGAUUGUGCUGAGCUCCCCAUCUCUUUGCAACAUGGUUGUGUCACACAGGGGAGGCCUGCCUCUUUUAUUGGAAAUUUCUGGAUGAGCUUGAGAGUUUUAGAAGAGAAGUCAAUUGCUUUCAGAUAAAGUAUGCCAGUGGAUAUUCAGCAAUUCUGGAAUUUGGUCUGCAUUCAAGAAAGAGGUAGAUUAUUAUCAUCCUAUAUCCAAUUCUGAAACUUCAUCCCUAAAUGCCAGUGUGCAGAAGCUUUAUUACACACAUAUAAAAAUAUUUAUUAAGUAUUAUUAAUCUUAACUGACAGCUGGAUUUAGUUAUUUGGGAGAAAGAACAUCACAAUUUUGUUGUAUGAACUUCGACAGUCUGACUGUGGCGUGUUCACUGUUAAGUGGACUGAUAAAAUUUGGGGUAAACCAAGAAAGAAAAGUGUCCAUUCUCCUUAGAAUAUAGGCUUAUUAUCCCUGCAAGAGACUGAAUCUGUGUCAGUUCCAGUUAAAACUUCCUGCUCUAUCUUUUUGAAUAAGAGUUGUCCCCUCAAAGCUGCUGAAGUACUUUGAACCACUUUUGUGUUUGUAGACUUUCCGUGCAUUAUUUGGUUUGAGGUUCUUGCCUGGGGAUGCUUUUCACAAAUACUUAUUUCUGUAUUGAAUUUUCUCAUGUUUUCAGUUGAUGCUAAGUUUGGAUUGUAAUCUUAUAAAUUCCUGGGAGAAGGAGAGGUUUGGUAAGCAGCUUCUUUUUUUUCUUCCCCCAGUAUUCAGUUUUCCUCUGAGGGUGUAUCAUCACCAUAUAAUAUAAUUUUUUAUGGAAUGGGGUCAGUCAGCUGAGGUCAGGACUGUGAAGUCUUCACAGCAAACCUUUAUUCUUAUAGGCAGUCUCCCAUUUAUUAAUCGAGGCUGCCUGGAUCUGUAACAGCUUUAUCAUCUCAUAAGCCAGAUUACCUUACUCAGAGCAUGGUGAAGAUCUCUCUUGAGUGGCUUUUCUUUUCCGGAGGCUCACCUUCAGCUAAAGGUAAUUUCCAGCAGAAUUCAUGUGAUCCCAGAAUAAUAGCUUACAGACAAAGUUAAUGUGCUCAGAGAAGUGGGUAUACCAUUAAAAAUGAAUAUAUACAGUAGUAAAUGAAUGAAUAAGUAAAAAAAAACCCCAGCUGUCCUUGAAUGCUUAAACUUUCAGCUAUGUCAAGACUGAAAGAUCUGACUGUUACAAGGCAAAAAGGCAAAUGUGUUUUUACAUUGCUUGUCUGACAAUUGGGCAAUAGUCUCGUCUCAAGUCUGCUGAUACAAAACUUGCUUCUGGCUUUAGUGGGCUUGAAUUACUCCUAAGAUACUUAGGUAGCACUAAAAGGCAUGUGGAGAAGUUUUCAUGACAUAAGAAAGAUGCCCUGGUUUCUUACAAAAUUAAUUCAGGUGGAACUUCUGUGUACCAGUUUGUGCCCAUUGCAUCUUGUCCUAUUGCUUGGCACCACAACUGCAAUAAAAAAAUACAUUGAGCAGA